GACGCGGUUUGAAAGUAAAAAAAAGUAAAGUGAGCACCACAAUACAAUAACAAUAACAAUAAUAAUAACGUCAUCGUACUCCAUUGUUGAAAUCUUGUUUUUCUUCUUCUCUUCAGCUGAGAGCUAACAUUCUUCUCCUUAUUCGCAAUUCAAAUCAAAUGAUCCGAUUCAUUCUGUUGCAGAAUAGACAGGGUAAAACCCGUUUAGCCAAAUACUAUGUUCCUCUUGAAGAUUCCGAGAAACACAAGGUCGAAUACGAGGUUCAUCGCCUUGUCGUAAAUAGAGAUCCCAAAUACACUAAUUUCGUUGAGUUUCGUACACACAAGGUAAUAUACCGGAGAUAUGCUGGACUGUUUUUCUCACUUUGUGUUGACAUCACUGAUAAUGAGUUGGCAUAUUUAGAGUGCAUCCAUUUGUUUGUUGAAAUCUUGGAUCACUUCUUCAGCAAUGUCUGUGAACUCGAUUUGGUAUUUAACUUCCACAAGGUCUACCUUAUACUUGAUGAAUUCAUUCUAGCGGGUGAACUGCAAGAAACAAGCAAGAAGGCUAUCAUUGAAAGAAUGGGGGAGCUUGAAAAACUAGAGUGAAACAUUACAUUUCAGCAGAGUCACGACAGGGAGACUAUGAUGAUUUGCUAUUGCAAUUGGCGCGAUUCUUGUAUUUUAAUUGUGAUACAGAAUUUUGACUUUUUUCCCACCCUUGAGCCAUGUAUUAUGUACACUUCCAAGGUUUCUUAAAUCUCGUGUUAAUAUAUUGUAGACAUUCAGAAAGUUGGGGUUUUAAGUACCCCUUUUUCAUUAUCUGUGUGUUCUGUUAAAACAAUCCAUUGUGCUUCUUUGUAGUUAGCAAAACACCAGAGAUAUAGAACUGUAUAAUUUUACUU